AUGAAACGUUGUCCAUAUGAAAUUAAAUUUGAUCCUAAAAAUACAUUACAUAUGGAUUUCAUAUAUGCUGCGUCAAAUUUAUGUGCGGAAAUGUACAAUAUUUCACAGGUAAAAGAUCGACACAAAACUCAAGACUAUGUAGCAACAAUAGAAUUGCCAGGAUUUAUACCAAAAGAAGAUGUCACUAUUUAUGAAAAUGAUGAACAAAUGAAUGCUAAUAAUGAAAUGACUUUCUCAAAUGAAAAUGAGACUGUUGAAACACAGCAAAAAAUGUUGAAGCUACCAAAUUUAGAAGGAAUAUUAAAUGUUAAUUUAAAACCAUUAGAAUUUGAAAAAGAUGAUGAUACAAAUUUUCAUAUUGAUUUUAUCACAGCCGCAUCAAAUUUACGUGCUAAAAAUUAUGAAAUUGAACCAGUUGAACGUAGUCGCAUAAAACAAAUUGCCGGUCGCAUUUAUCUUAACAAUGAAUAUUCUAUAUGGGAUCGUUUUGAAGUUAAUGAAGAUAUGACAGUUGCUGAGCUUAUUGAAUAUUUUAAAUCACAACUGAUUAUUUCAACGUUUUUGAACUCAAUUAACAAGCCCAAUUCUGAUUUGAAAACUCUAUCGAACGAUGAAUUGCAUUUACUUAUUAGUUCACUUUUAAAAGUUUUGGAUGAUGAUGAUUCGUUAGUUACUAGUACGCUUACAACAGAUACCAGUAUUAAUCAGAUGAUAAACACAAAUACUUGGUUGAAAAAUUUAGUUGAUCAACAUGAUCUUUUGAUUAAAACAAUGUGCAUGCAUCAACAAAAUUUAUUAAACUCAUCCAAUAUUAAACUGCUUUCUGAUGAUAUAUCAAAAUCCACAACUACACCACAUGUAAACAAGCUUCAAAUUCCAAAAACAAACUCUCUAAGUCAUCCCGUAGCUUUUGAUGAUACUAUUCUAAAUCAAAACAAGACAUCGACACCUAUAAAAUCAGAUUCAAAUCAUAUGUUGACAGUCAGUAAAACCUCAACACCACCUAUUCCUAUUAUUAUAAGUGGCACCAGUAUUACACGUACUCUUGAGCAAGGAAACUGUAUGUUAAAUGAUAGGUUAUUUAAUGUUCAAGUGCGCACGAAACCAUCAUGUACAAUUGAGCAAAUGCAAGAACUCGUUAAACUAAAGCAUUUUGGAAAACCACAAGGUUUAAUACUGAGUAUUGGUACAAUCAAUAUGAAGUAUGAUAAUCCAGAUG